CAAUCACAGCUCCUCUGAUGUGCUGUGAACGUUCAGUGGUGUAUUAUCUAUUAUAUUUCAUGACAUGAUUUCAAAGACAUGAUCAGCGUCAUUAUGAAUCUCACAGACAGAAAAGAGUAAAUCAUCUGAGCGUUGCGGACAUGAGUGUGACAUCCAGCCCCCUGGAGCCCCUUCAGCAGCCCCCCUCAGGUGACAAUGACGUGUUCUUUAAAACCUACGUCCCACCUGCUCGAGAUGACAUCCAUCUGCCCAUCCACGUCUUCUACAUCAUCCUCGCUUCCGUCGUCAUAGUGGCGACCCUCUACGCCAUCAUCGGGCACCUCAUCAAAGAUCUGAUGCACGACUUAGCAGAUUAUCUGUUUGGGGAGCAGCCGGAGGAGGUUGAGGUCCACCUGUGUGAGACCAGAGAUAAGUUCAUGGUGGACUGGUGUCCUGAGACGAGUCCAGAGCUGGAGGAACUGGCCCGAGCCGAGGAGAUCCAAGUGGUGAUGGAGGGGGGCAAAUACACACCCGCAAUCUGGAUCAUCUCUGAUGGGAUUGAGCCAAGACCGCCACGAACGGGACCGCGCGUUGCAUUCGGCAAGAAUGUAUAAGAAGUGGCGCUGGAGGGUUUUAUAACUUAUAUAACUUAUAUAAUCUGAUCCUGCGGUGACAAACUAACACAAGUGACAGGUCUCAGUGACACACUGACAAUCUCUGCAGGACUGACUAAAAAUCCACCAUGUUCCCGACGUCUAGAGAGUAAAGUGCGCUCAAUACAACGCGAUCGGUGUUUACUGUUUAGCAGCCGUCAGGACAAUAUUUACAUCAUUUCAGAAUUUAAAUGAACUGUUAUUUUAAGCAAAUAUUUACUCGAACUGCACGAAACAUUUGAACACAUGGAGUGACCACUUCAGUAUCGGCUGCUGACGGUUACAUUAGAAUAGCCCGGGGGUCGCGACCUUUUUGACAAGGAGCGCCAUUUUGGAUUUUCCUGGUCAAUGAACCUGCAUUCCCAAUCUACAUGUUGAUGUAAUCCUCAUGAUCAUGAGCUGAAUGGAAGUCACUGUUAA